UGGAAGACUCCCUUGCUAUUAUGGUCGAAUCCCUUGGUCUGCCGGCUGUAACGGCUGGGUUCCCUGCCAUGGGCCGGAUAAGCGCUUACGUAUGCCUUCAUUAUCCUGACAGGACCCCUAGGGGUCGAUCAACUUAUCGCGGCAGCUGGGCUACGUGGUAGCCCGGUGCAGAGCUCGAUAGAUAAACUAUGAUAUGGUUCUUUAUGGUUUUUUCAUGCACCGACUGACCCUCGAAUUCUUUCAAUAGAGGGUCCAUAGUACCCUGCCGAUCCGAUAGCACCGUCGCUAUCGCUAUUCAGUUGUCCCAACAGGAAAGACACGACACCUAGCCCUGGAGCCUCUGUGGCAUUGAAAUAGUUUCUAUGCACUUGACGAAUCACACAAAAUGUCCUACAGGAACCUGUCAAGUAUAGAUGUCGGAGAUCGAACAGCCAUCCCCGACUAUGAGUUACACAAUGUCCCCGUCGCACCACCGUAUUCGGCCACCGACCCGGGACCUGCAGUUGCAGCUGCACCUGCAGCGGAGAAAGCCAGCGUUGCGAAAGGCACCGGGGGCGCAUGGUAUAAUCCGCGAUCAUGGUCACUGUUGACAAAAUUGAUCGUUGCGGGCGGAGUUGUUGUUGUCAUUGUUGCGCUGAUCGUAGGAAUCUACGAGGGCACAAAAUCAUCAUCAUAUCCAGAUUACUCUGCAUUGAGUUACAAGCUCGCAGAUACAUACUCCGGGUCGUCGUUUUUCGAUGAGUUCGAGUACUAUACCGCUACUGAUCCCACGGACGGAUUUGUAGACUACGUCGACAGCUCAACCGCUUCAGAGAUGAACUUGACCUACGCAUCCAGCUCCCGGGCUGUCUUACGAGUGGACACCAGCACCUCGAACCAAACCAGCGGCCGCAAAUCCGUCCGCAUCACCUCGAAGAAAACCUACAACGACGGGCUCUUCAUCUUCGACAUCACCCACACCCCCUUCGGAUGCGCAACAUGGCCAGCCCUCUGGCUCACCGACCCCGACAAUUGGCCCGAGCACGGAGAGAUCGACGUUCUCGAGUCCAACAACAAGGGCACCCACGGAAACGCCAUGACACUGCACACAACCAAGGACUGCAAAAUGAACGUGAAGCGCAAGGAAACCGGCACCGCGUCCUACACCAACUGCCUGAACACCGCCAACGACAACGCCGGCUGCAGCGUGUCAGGCGGAAAAGCCACCUACGGCGAGAGCUUCAACUCCAACGGCGGUGGCGUCUACGCCAUGGAACUCCGCAACGCCGGCAUCCGCGUCUGGAUGUUCAGCCGCGACGACAUCCCCACCGACAUCUCCAACAGCAGCGACACCCCCGACCCCUCAACCUGGGGCGAAGCACUCGCCGACUUCCCCAACACGCACUGCGACAUCGCCUCGCACUUCAAAAACCAAAGCAUCAUCGUCAACAUCGACAUCUGCGGUGACCUCGCCGGCGCAACAACCUACUACACCGACCUGUACGAUUGCCCCUCCACCUGCACGAAAUGGGCCGCCGAGAACGGAGCCAACUUUACAAAUGCGUACUGGGAAUUCAAGAGCUUCAAGGUCUAUCAGACCUCUUCUUCUUCUUCGUCAUCGUCGAGCAGCUCAGCGGUAGCUUCGUCGUCGACGGCAGCAGGAUACGGGGCUUCGACCUCUACGACUACAACGGCGGGUGGUGCUGCUACUGCUACUUCGGGAAGUUCGGGUCAAGGACAAUCGGGAUCUCAGUCCGGAAAUGGACAACAGGGGGGAGGAAGUCAGAGCGGAGGACAGAGUCAGGAACAGAGUACCAGUCAAGAGGAGAGUACGAGUCAAGGACAAGGGGGGCAACAGGGCGGACAACGAUGAUAUCUUGAUACAUUCAUAUCGCCUGAUUAAUGUUCUUUUUCUCUUCUCUUCAUACUUGGCUUUGUUUUCAGUCCCCUUUCAUUUUCUUUCUCUGUCCAGGGUUUCACUCACUUGACACAUAAUUUAUCCUUAAUGA